AGAGUCAACAUUUAAUGUUUCAUAACUUGGGUAUGAAUGCCUUCUCAAAUUUAUGCCCACAAUUAAAAAUAUAUAAAAACCCAGGAUAGACAGACCUGAAAAUAUUUGCUACUCUCGUUUUUCUUCAACCUGUAUAUUUCAACCUGAUUUCCCCACCCACAAAAUCAACUGACUUCCUGAAAGCUGGACGUCAAAUGCACAUUUCAAAAAGCGUCUCAGAGCUGAGGACCACAAAAUGCAUAUUUCGGGCAAGGUGUACCAAUUCAAGACAAGAAUAGUAGCUUUUUAGGUCCACACGCUAGUCGACAGUAGACCACUGUGUUGAGAGUUGCAGUUAAGUUAAAUGCAAAUUCAGAAUUUGAAAUACCUUUAGACCACAAGACGUGCGUUACUAUUGGUGGACGAGAGCUUGGAGAUAAAGUACAGAGACAGUAACGUGAGCGGAAGAUGAGUUUCUGUGCUUUUGAGAUACGUGGAAAAGGAAAACUGAGAUACAAAACAUCUUUUAACGGUUGGUAAGAGCUGUACAUUUUGAAAAAAACACAAACUGAACUUGCAAAUCGUCCAGAACCUCAAAAGUUGGUCAAAAGAUUUAACCUUAAGAUGGGUACUAACAAAGAACCGAGCGCUGAGCAGUCAACUCCAGAGAUUGAGGAGGAGAUGGACCAGACACCUGAACAGAACGGUCCAGCUGCCGAAGAACCGCAGCAACUACUCAACACUUACAAGUGGCACACAGGGGCCAAGACUGAGACACCGGGACAUGGGACGAUCGAAAGGCUUGAGAAAGGAGCUUCAACCAAAUGGAAUAAAAUGCAGAAUUGGCGCAAAGCUCUGAGCGAAGAUACAGGAGAAAAGUCUUCAACUCGGGGAGGAGGUGAAAGUCCGGCAAAAUCAGAAAAACCGGUGACUUCGAGGAAGAAUCCUUUCCGAAGAGCUCUUUCGGAGCCGGCGGGGUCCCUUCUGUCUUCUGUCUUGUCGCCCUCUUCGGCAUCUGGGUCCUCGAAUGCGCAAGCAUCAGGGUCCGGUUCCCAAGACAUGAGCCAUAGGGGUAAAAUAAGGAAAUAUCUACAAACUGUCUCGCAGAAGUUGAAGAGGCCUCGUCUACAGAGUACCUCCGUCGCAGAGCAAGACAAGGGUGAACCUGAGAAUCAAGAGGUUGUUCGACUCUCCUGGGCUCCUCAACAAGAUGUCCCUGUGUGGGACAUCAGCAGCUGUUCACUUCAAGACGGACAGAUCCUCAUCCCACGCGAGGAAGAGCCUAUGACUAGGGUGCCGAACCGUGGCAGUGGUCUCUCCAGGCUCAGUCUUCAGAACAUCAGUGGAAGCCACAUUGAAUUAAACCCGGAUCCUGUGGUCCCCCCAAGCGGUGCCAAAAAAGGCCAAGAUGGUGGCGUCAAAGGUAUGAUCAAGCGCCGCUUACAGAUUGAUGAAAAAAGAAAGAGCAACACACAGCUCAAUACUGCAGGACUAAGCAGUGUUGGAAGAUUUGGUUCCAAAGAAUCUUUAUCCAUUCCAGUGAGUGCUGCAAACAGCCUGGAUCUGAGUGCAGACCAGACCACCAUCAUCAGGCCUGUCCAUAGCUCUAUUCUAGGGGAGAAGUACUGUUUCCAAGUCAUCAACUCUGAAAAUAUCCACUGCUUUGGAUGCACCUCAGCUGCCGAGCGAGACCGCUGGAUCGAAGACUUGCGCCGUGCCGCUCAUCCGAAUAAGGAUAACUGUGAACGCACCGAGAACUCACUAAGCCUUUGGGUUAAUGAAGCUAAAGACCUUCCCCCCAAGAAGCGGUAUUACUGUGAAAUCCACCUUGAUGGUACACUGUAUGCUCGCACCAGCAGUCGGGCCGUAGGGAAAUCCGCCCCGCGCUCCAACCAUUCGGGCGAUGGAGGGUCUGGAGCAUCUGGUACGGGCCAUGGUGGUGGUGGUGGUGUGGGUGGUUGCCAGCUUUUCUGGGGUGAAUUUUUCGAACUCGACAACUUGCCCCCGGUCACCCAAAUUACCCUGCACCUCUUUAGAGAUGAGGACCCCAAAAAGAAGCGUUAUUCAAGAGACGACUCUAUCAUGCAUCCUCUGGGAAGCGUGGCUCUUGUUCUGGCAGACAUAAAAGGACGGGCCUAUCAGGAAAAAUGGUAUCCCAUCAUUCCUUACAAGCCCACAGGAACAAGUACAGCGAAGGACCAAAUUGGACCACAAGCUUUGCUUCGUGUCAAGGCUAAAUUCCAGAACUUGAAAGUUCUGCCUAUCGAGAGGUACAAGGAAUUUGCGGAGCACGUCACCGUGGAUUACGUGGGUAUGUGCAGCAGCUUGGAGCCUCUCCUUAAUGUACGAGAGAGAGAAGAACUAGCGGGGGCACUUGUUCAUGUACUGCAAAGUAUUGGAAAAGCUAAGGAGUUUUUGAUUGAUCUCGGCAGCGCAGAAGUCGAGCGUCUGGGAGAAAAUGAGGCUUUGAUUUUUAGAGAGAAUACAUUGGCCACGAAGGCUAUUGAUGAAUACAUGAAAUUGGUGGGACAAAAGUAUCUCAUUGACACACUUGGUGACUUCAUAGUGAGAUUGUAUAAUGGAUCGGAAAGCUGUGAGGUAGAUCCACAGAAAUGCUCUGCCUCUGAUCUGCCAAUCAACCAGAGGCAUCUAAAAGAGACAUGUGGCGAAGUUGUUAAAAGAAUCACUGACAUGCAAGAUUCAUUUCCCGCAGAGCUGAAUGAGAUUUUUGCCAGUUGGGUUUCAAAUUGUGAGGAACGGGGUCAGACAGACAUCGGACAUCGUCUCAUAUCAUCAUCUCUUUUUCUUCGAUUCCUGUGCCCGGCCAUCCUAAGUCCAUCACUCUUCGGCCUCACCCAGGCCUACCCGGAGCCGAGCACCCUCCGCACUCUUACACUGUCAGCCAAGGUCAUCCAGAACCUUGCAAAUUUUACUUUAUUUGGUGAAAAAGAAGAGUACAUGUUCUUCAUGAAUGAGUUUCUAGAACAACACUGGGAGCCAAUGCGUGGCUUCUUACAAAGAGUGUCUAAUCCAGAAAUUGAAAUAGCCAUGGCUCGAUUUGAUGGUUAUGUAGACCUGCCCCUUCGUCUAGCGGUCCUUCACAAUCUACUGGUCGAUAUUAUCUCUCCAAUGAAACAGGACACAAUAGACAGCCUCCAUCCGCUGCCCUUGAUCCUAAACCAGAUCACAGAAUUCCACGGUCAAGAUGCUCAAAGGAUCCCUGUUAGCAGCAGCUAUGGAGUACCGAAGCCACUGUAUGUACCACCAAGAGAAUUGUCCAAGUACACUCCCUUACAUAACUCCAUGCAACAGCUUCCAGUAGACUCAAAGGCCAGCCAAAGCAAGGAACGUCAGAGGAACCAGGUGAAACGGGCUUUGAGCGUCCCCAACAGACGCAACCAGCAUCAGGUGGUAAGGAAGCAGACAAGCAAUGAAGAUUUGCCUACACAGUGCCAGGAUGAAGAACGUGGUUUGGCAAUUUCAUUACCCGACAAAGCAAACAACAGACGGCCAAACCCAGUAGAAUGGGAGAAGAAGGAUGGACAGAACAAGCUCUGUCAACUGCCCGGUCAAAAGGAGGAGCAGACAAGCAUAGAUAGGCAAGCACAAGAGUUGGCUACACUGCGUAUAGGCAUGGAGCAGGUGACAGAGCGGGAGUUGGAGGCGGAAAAGCGUUUAGAGGACUUCAUCGCUUUGAGCCAAGAGCAGAAUGCACAGCUACAAGCAGAAGUUCAGGAGCUCCGAAAUUUGUUGGCCAUACGUGAGGAACAACUGGCGAGCACAACCUUCAGACUGGGCGUCAUAGAGGAGGAGAGAGAGGAAGAUGAAAGAAAGCUCAACGUCGCUGUGGCUGCGGUAGAACGGCUGAAUGUUUUGGAGGAGCAGAUUGCUGGAUUAAUGAAAGAUGUUCACCAACUCAAUUCGGUCAAUGGCGAUGGCAUGAAAAAGGCUUACAUCAAUACCUAAAAGUAAAAACAGGAAGUAAAAUCUGUAUGGCGCUACAUGCUACCAUUUUACACUGUGAAUAGUUAGUUAAUCAUUUUUUGCUUGCCAUCAUAACCAAAUCUAAAUGUCAAUAUGACUUCAGUAAUGGUUUGUAGUGUCAACAAAAUUCAUACAAAAUUGAAAAUAUGACACUGGUUUCUCCAUUUAUUCAUUCAUCCUGAGCCUCAAGUUUACCAUCUUAACAUCUUUAAAAAAAAACAUAGAAAAGAUGUUUUAUUUUCUUACUCUGUUUUGUAUAUAAAAUAAAACGGUGCUUUAACCAAA